UCUCAGACUCAAGAAACUCACUUUCCUGGAAACUCACCCAGAACCUCCACCCUCUAACACCAUGGUCAGCUCCUGUUGUGGCUCCGUCUGCUCUGACCAGAGCUGUGGUCGAAGUCUCUGCCUGGAGACCUGCUGCCGGCCCAGCUGCUGCCAGACCACCUGCUGCAGGACCACCUGCUGCCGCCCCAGCUGUGGUGUGUCCAGCUGCUGCCGCCCAGUCUGCUGCCAGCCCACCUGCCGUCGCCCCACCUGCUGCAUCUCUAGCUGCUACCGCCCCUCCUGCUGUGGGUCCAGCUGUGGCUCCAGCUGCUGCAGGCCUACCUGCUGCAUCUCUAGCUGCUACCGCCCCUCCUGCUGUGCGUCCAGCUGUGGUUCCAGCUGCUGCAGGCCUACUUGCUGCAUCUCCAGCUGCUGCAGGCCCCAGUGCUGCCAGCCUGUGUGCUGCCAGCCCACCUGCUCCCGCAUCUCCAGCUGCUGCCGCCCCUCUUGCUGUGGCUCCAGCUGCUGCCGCCCGAGCUGCUGCCUGCGCCCAGUGUGUGGCCGGGUCUCCUGCCACACCACUUGCUAUCGCCCCACCUGUGUCAUCUCCACCUGCCCCAGCCCCAUGUGCUGUCCCUCCUCUUGCUGCUGAGCCCACUGUCUCCACUUACCUCUGUCCCACAUAUGUAGAUCCUUUUUUGUGCUGACCCAUAGGACUCAUGGAGUCUAGCUGACAUCAUUCAGUUAGUUGAAUCUCAUGAUUACAGUGGGUCCACCACUGUUCUUCUGACUCUGUGAACAUAUUCUGGCUCAUUUAUAAUUCUUCCUUGUCAUAUUUUCCUUUCUAUAUCAGCACCAAAUAAGAAUUAAUUUGCAAUCCAUCAGAUGAGAAAUUGUCUCAGUCCUCUCAAUGUUUCAUUCUUCCUGAUAUUUUGGUCAUGAUCUGCAGGUGGUCCACAAGGUGGCUAUUAUCUGCAGCUGCUGAGUGGCACUGACUUGACACCCUGAGAUCGGGGGUUGGGGGGUCCAAUUUACCCUUUAUUUUCUCCUCAAGUGAAUUUCUUUUGUUUUGUCACUUCUCUGCUUUCUAAUAAGCUUCUCUGCAUAUAAAAAUUCACUGGUAUUUUUUCCUAUUAUUUUCAUGAUCAUUUUACUUACUAACUAGGCAAUUUAUAUUGUAUAUGAAGAUAUAGGAAGAAUAACCCAUGUUGAAAUCACUUUGACAAUAGAUGCUACAUCAGAUAUAGAUGAUUUAAGAUUUUAGAGCAAAACUGGCAUGUAUGUAUAUGUGCAUGUGCAUGUGACUUAAUAUACUAAAGUAGGGCAGAGUUAAUCAAAACACAUUAUACCCUUUAAUACUAGCUCCCUUUUAGAAAAAAAGGAUAAAAUUUCUGAGUGUGGAGUACAUGUCAAAGAAAUUUUUAAAAAUUGCCUGUAAAGAAUUUAAUGUAUUCAAUUCCUUUCACUUAAUAAACAACAUUUCCAAGUUA